AACUCGAUGGCUGCGUGGCUGAUAGUGGUGUCUGUGCUGGUCUCUCUUCAGAACCCGUUCGAUCGCAAUCGGAGAGCACUUGGGACAGCACUUGUGACUCGACACGAUUUGCAUACAAGGUUCGCCAGUAAGCUUGGAAACUGGACGACUGAAGGCGAACCCGGGCUUCUUCAAACAGGUUUACGUUGUCACCAACGCAAGACAAAACAUUGUUCGUGUGCAAAGAUGGACCCAGACUGGUACUACUACGGUCUGCCGCAUGGAUUCGAGUGUCCUGCAGAGGUGGGGAGAACAUCCUCCGGUCCUUCGACCAAGUCGGGCACUGUUUCGAAUACCUAUGGAGGCAAUGGGCAAAAUGCAGGUGCCACACUCCACUAUGACUGAUGCAAGUCGCUCGACUAUCAAUGUUGCAGAUCCUAUUGUUACUUAAUAGGCGGAAGUAGAAUCUGAAUCCUGCUUGACCUUCAGAUGAAAGGCUUUCUCUGCAAAGUAGCAUUGGCUACUACGCUCUAACAUACUUGACAUGCGUUUCGUCUAUCAUACACAGCCGUAUAUCGGGUAAAGACUCAGAUUGAUGAAAUUUCAGAGGUACCCUUGCCGGUGGCUCAUUGGCUCUGCAUCCGUGACCACUCAAGAGGCAAGUUUGCUGCCACCAUUAGUUCUACCCCUGAAAAUUGGGUUCGGUCUUUUCACUAUCUGGAGCACUGUACGCGUUAGAUGAUCCAGUUUCCUCGCAGCCAUUGAAUACUCAGAAGCCUCGUGUUGAAUGAAAAGGCCAGAAUCUUCAGAUCUUCAUCUAGAAUCCUUCUCCCGUAAAUGAUGCACAUGAUUGUUGUAACAUUGAUGUGCGCAGGCGAC